GGGGUGACUUGUGAAAAUGCCCAUGUACAGAAUGCAGCCGUAUUGUGGCGGGGAGAUCCAGGUGGAUUUACCCACGUGUAUGUACAGAUUAGCCAAUGUGCAUCAGGCCACGUCGGAAAACCACGAGCAGGCUGCUGACCCAGCAAUUCAGGCGCUGGAAUCCAGGCAAGAGGAUAUCUUAAAGAGACUUUAUGAACUGAAAGCUGCUGUAGAUGGGCUCUCAAAGAUGAUUCAGACGCCUGAUGCUGAUCUCGAUGUGACUGAUAUUAUUCAGACAGAUGAGCAGUCGGCUCCGGGAUCUGUGGUUGCCGACUUGGACUUGGUACUUGGAAAGGAAUAUGGAGCUUUCAGAGACAUAGUGAUCAAUGCAAACCCUUCUUUGCCUCCCCUUUCCCUGCUGAUAUUGCACAGCCUCCUGUGUGAGCGCUACCAAGUCUUGUCUGCAGUGCACACGCAUUCAUCCAUCACCAGCAUCCCAGAGCCUCUGCUCAAAUGCUUUGGAGAGCAGCUUAAAAUGAAGCCCCGGCACGAGUACCAGCUUGGAUUUACCCUCAUCUGGAAAGACGUGCCCAAACCACAAAUGAAGUUCAGCAUUCAAAACAUGUGCCCCAUUGAAGGAGAAGGAAACAUUGGCAGGUUCCUGUUCUCGCUGUUAGGAUAUAAGUUUAAUGCAGUCAAUGCUACGCUGAUAGACGGUUGGGUGGACACGGCCAUUUUCCAGCUUCGAGACGGCAGCAGCAAGGAGAAAGCAGCUGUUCUGAAAGCCAUGAACACGACUCUUGGCAAGUCUCCGUGGCUGGUGGGAAACGAACUGACAGUAGCCGAUAUCGUGAGCUGGUGUGCUGUGCAGCAGUGUGGCAACUCCACUGUCGCCCCGCCCAAUGUGCAGAAGUGGAUGAAAUCAUGCGAGAACCUUGCUUCCUUUAAAAGUGUUCUCAGGUUUUUAAAGUGACAACGCUGUUUGUGAUGCUUUUAAAGUCAACUGGACCACUCAACCCCAAAACAAGGUUUAUUUGACACCAAAUCUCCAAAUAUAAUCAGAUGCAGGUAGUCUUGUCUGACAUGAGCAUUUAUACCGUUAUUGCUGUGCCUGAACUGACUGCCAUCUCCUAUUUAAUUCAAAAGGAAACUCACCGAUGCUGGUGCCUUUUCAAUUCCAGUGAAUAGAACGUGAAUAUCGAUUUAGGUGUUUCUCUGCUGCCCCAGGUACCAUAGCCCUAAAUUUCAACUCCCAGGGAUGAUGGGGGUUUCCUUUCUGAAGCAGCUGAAAGGCCUUUUUAUAAACUGUCAGUGAGGUUCAUGUACGUGAAAUAUUCUGCUGCUGCUGCUAGAAGAUCGAGGUUUGCAGUGUUAUUUAAGCCUGCUUGUGUUGCUGGUACCAUUUGACUUUAAAGGUGUACUCUGCGGUUACUUAACGGAAACCAUAUUUUUAUUGUGAAGACGCCCUUACCAAGCAUGUUAAUACAUAGUCUGAGACCAAUAACAGAAUGCUGCUGCCUUAAGGGAAAAGCUAAGGCAGGCCAGGUACAUUAAAAAUAUUAAAUCAGACAUUUAAAAUAAAGAACUUGUUUACA